AUUCCGGUGGCUAAAAUCGCGAAUCCUGCGCGAAAACGAAACGAAAAUCGAAGUGGCAGAUUUUUCUGUCUACCUACACAAACACAUACGCAGGCUGUGCUGCUGCGCUGGUGUGGGUGUGCGAUUGAGUGUGCGUGUGUGUGUGGUCUAUCGGAGCGCCGCUAAAUAAGAAAUAAUAAUUGUGCAGUGCGAAGGAGGAGAAGAGGAGGAGCAAGCAGUGAUGAAUAAAUGUUUUUAAAGGCGAAAAACGAUUUUUAAAAGUGCUGGGGAAUUAAAAAAGAGCCGCGCCCCGUUUGCCAAACGUUAACUAACACACACACACACAAACACUCCGUCACAAAAACACACACACACGGACGCAGUGGCGGAGGCACAAAAGAGACAGCGCGAGAGAGAGAGAGAGAGAGGAGAGAAGAAGAGCGAAGAAGCAAAAAGAGAAAAGUUGUAUGACAGCAACAAAUAGUUUGUUAAUUGCACGGGUUUAGUUUUUUAUUCGUCACUUAAACUUGAAAAGCAGCAGCAAUUCUCCAGAUCCAGAAGAACAACAAAAAAUAGCAAAUCAAAAUGGCGCACCAGCAGCAACAACAACUGGCUCCAUCGGUCAACUGUUCACUGGACGAUAUCGAUCUGACGGCCCUAAAAGAUCCAGCUGGAAUCUUUGAACUCAUCGAAGUUGUGGGCAAUGGCACCUACGGUCAGGUCUACAAGGGCCGCCACACGAAGACUGGUCAAUUGGCUGCCAUAAAGGUGAUGGACGUCACCGAGGACGAAGAGGAGGAGAUCAAGCUGGAGAUCAAUGUGCUAAAGAAGUACUCGAAUCACCGCAACAUCGCCACCUACUACGGAGCCUUUAUCAAGAAGUCACCGCCCGGUAAGGACGAUCAGCUCUGGCUGGUGAUGGAGUACUGUGGCGCCGGUUCGGUUACGGAUCUGGUCAAGUCCACCAAGGGUCAGAGUUUGAAGGAGGAGUGGAUAGCCUACAUUUGUCGCGAAAUUCUGCGCGGUCUGAGCUACCUGCACUCGAACAAAGUCAUCCAUCGCGACAUCAAGGGGCAGAAUGUGCUGCUCACGGACAACGCGGAGGUGAAGCUGGUGGACUUUGGUGUGUCCGCCCAGCUGGAUCGCACGAUAGGCCGGCGCAACACAUUCAUCGGUACUCCCUAUUGGAUGGCCCCCGAGGUCAUUGCCUGCGACGAGAAUCCCGACGCCACGUACGACAAUCGCUCCGAUCUGUGGUCGCUGGGCAUCACCGCCCUGGAGAUGGCUGAGUCACAGCCCCCGCUCUGCGAUCUGCAUCCGAUGCGCGCCCUCUUCCUGAUUCCGCGCAACUCGCCGCCCAGGCUCAAAUCGAAGAAGUGGUCCAAGAAGUUCCACGGCUUUAUUGACACGGUGCUAGUUAAGGACUAUCACCAGCGGCCUUACACCGAAAACCUGCUGAAGCAUGCCUUCAUCAAGGACCAGCCCACAGAUCGCCAGGUGCGCAUCCAGCUGAAGGAUCACAUCGAUCGCUGCAAGAAGCGCAAGCAGGAGAAGGAGCGCGAGGACUAUCGCUACUCGGGCUCCGACAACGACGACGACGAGCCGCAGCUGGCCGGUGAGCACAGCUCGAUUGUCCAGCAGCCGGGCGGCGAUACGUUGCGCCGCAACUUCCAGCAGAUCCAGGAGGGUCGCCUGGCCGCCGAGCAGCAGCAGCAGCAGCAUCACCUGAUGGCCCAGGCCCAGGCCCAGGCGGCUGCCGCCCAUGCCGCCGCCCAGGCUCAGGCGCAACUCCAGCAGCAGCAACAGCAGGCGGCGGCGGCGGCAGCAGCGGCGGCCCAUGCAGCGCAGCAGGCCCAACAGGCCGCCCAGCAGCAGGCGCAGGCACAGCAGCCGCAGCAGAAUCGACAGCCGAAACCGCCAUCGCGCCAGCAGGUUGAGGAGCCCGGACCGCCGGCACGGCCGCCACAGCGCCUGAUCGUGGUGCCGGAUCCGCCGCACGCCAAUCGGCCAUUGCCACCGACCCCCAAGUGCGGCGAGCCGGCGGGACAGACGCCGCAGCAGCAGCAGCGCAACUCGCAGAAUAACUUCAAGCCAUCGUUACCACCAAGGAGACCUGAGCCACAGCCGCAGACAGCCGCCGGUGGCCAGGGAUCCCAGCAGCAGCAGCAGGCGCAGCCGGAGGCGCCGCCUCGAAACAAUCGCGGGUCGAGCGGCCUGUCCUCCUCCGGCGGAUCGUCGGCAUCGGGUGGAUCCAAGCCCGCUGCCGCACUGCCUCAGCAGUCGAACAAUCAUCUGGGACAGCCGGUUAAUCCGCUGGAUCCGUUGGACAGCAGCGAUUCGGACAGCGAGCCGGACGAGCCCAACGAUCGGGCCCGGAACGAUGGAACUCUCUUGGCCAGCGAUCCACCCAAACCGCUGCCCGGUUUGGGACCUGUCUCCGAGGACGCCAAUACGACAACGCCCCUGAGUCAUGGCAGCGGUGGGCCGCCCAACCGCCCACUGCCACCCACGCCCGAUGACGACGAUCAGGCCGGAGAUCGAACUUUGAUCAUGAAGCGCAAACUAGAACAGAACAUAAAUCGCCUGCAAAAGUCCGCCUCCACAUCGCAGGCAAAUGUGACUCCAUCGCGUCGAGUUGUCGGUGAUGAAAACAAUUUGCUGAGAGACUGGGACUUUGAUCGCUUCUUCCCGAAGAAUGGAGGAGGAAACAAUGCCUUGAGGGGCAGUGGACGUGCUAGUCCCACCACCACUGCUAGUCUAAGUCGAAGCUCCCAGCUGAGUACGCUGAAGGUGGAGACGAAGCUGCAGAGGGCCAGUGUGGCGGAGGCCAUUACGAGACCCGUUCCCCGGGGCUAUCAGCCGCUGAAAUCGACGGCGGCGGAACCAAGUGCCAGCCAAAGUAUUGCCAAAGAACAAGGAUCAGCAGGAUCCACGGCGCACAAGCGACAGGAUUCGGAUUCCCGACUGCCGAUGAAUUUUGUGCGUGGCUUUCGACGAGAAAACUCGGAUUUCUUCCCGCUCACCAAGCGACACUCGGCGGUGCUGAGUGGUACGAGUAAUUCCGGAACUUCAGGAGGUUCGGGAACGGUGGUGUCGCCUUCAUCGCAACCCAUUCCCGCCCAGCGAUCGAGUGUGGUGUACCAAAGGAACAGCAUUUACAACAGCAGCAGCAUCAGCAGUAAAAGCAAGGAGAAUGCGCUACCAGGAGGAACUGCCACUGCCACUGGCAGUGGAAAACCAGGAGCAACUGCUGCUGGAAUUACUACUCCAACUACUUCUACUGCCACCAAGGGAGCUGCUCCGAAACCCUCCAAAUCCCUGGCCAGCUUUAAUUUCCUGCGACCGCGUCGCGAAAAGACUGAAUCCGUCAUUGUGCUGCAAAAUGCUGCCACUCGCGCCCAAAGGCAACAGCAACUGCAACAGCAGCAGCAACAGCAACAGCAGCAACAGCAACUGCAGCAGCAACAGCAGCAGCAGAAUCGAGGAGGCGGCGGCGGCGGCGGAGGAGGCGGUGGUGGAAGCAGCGGAGGCGUGGGCGCCGAUGGCACUGGAUUGGGAACUCCUGGGACCAGGACCAGUAGCGUCCUGCCGGAUCUACUCAGCCAGGCGUCGCCGGCAACGCCACCACGCCAUGAUAAAUCAUCCAGUGAGGAGUAUCAGGCGGCCAUUAGCUCAUCCGUGCAUUCCACGCCAUCGAAAUCGUUUAUCGCUAGCAGCGGAAGCGGCGGCGGCGGUCUCGGUUUGGGGGGCGGUACCGUUGUGGGCGGCGUGAUUAUCAGCAGCAAUCACUCGCCCCAAUCGACGAUAUCGCUCGCCUCCUCGUCCUCGAAUUCGCGCCAGAAUUCGCCCAAGAAUUCGAUCAGCAAGACGCGCUCCUCCAGCAGUAUUACUAAUCUCUUGCACAAAUCUGCUUCUUCCUCCUCUGCGAACCUGCACCACCUGACGCCCUGCUCCUCGACGUCCUCGGCCUCGAUCUCCAAUCCCCUGCCCCCGCACGCGUACGCCCUGCAACAGAAGCAGCGCAGUUUCCUGACCUUUGGCUUCGGUGCCGGCGGCUCUGGUCCUUCGCGCCGGGAGUCUCAUGUCAAUGUCAACGUAACGCCCACCUCCCAUGAGGCGGCCAACGAUACGCCCGAGAUACGUAAGUAUAAGAAGCGCUUCAACUCGGAGAUCCUGUGCGCGGCGCUGUGGGGCGUCAACCUGCUGAUCGGUACGGAGAAUGGUUUAAUGCUGCUAGAUCGAUCCGGUCAGGGCAAGGUCUACCAGCUCAUCUCGCGACGCCGUUUCCAACAAAUGGAGGUGCUAGAGGGCCAGAACAUAUUGGUCACCAUAUCCGGCAAGAAGAACCGAGUGCGUGUCUACUACUUGUCCUGGCUCAAGUCGAAGAUCUUGCGCACCGAUGGACUCUCCGAUCAAGUGGAGCGUCGCAACGGUUGGAUUAACGUGGGUGAUCUACAAGGUGCUGUACAUUUUAAGAUUGUCAAAUACGAGAGGAUUAAGUUCCUAGUGAUUGCAUUAAAAGACUCUAUUGAAAUUUAUGCAUGGGCUCCCAAACCAUAUCACAAAUUUAUGGCAUUUAAGAAUUUUGGUGAACUGGAACAUCGCCCGCUUUUGGUCGAUCUCACCAUUGAGGAUCAGUCGAGACUGAAGGUGAUCUAUGGCUCCGCCGAGGGUUUCCAUGCGGUUGAUUUAGAUUCAGCUGAAGUAUACGAUAUAUAUCUUCCCAAGCAUACUCAGGGUGCAAUCAUUCCGCAUUGUAUUGUGGCGCUUCCGAACUCGAAUGGCAUGCAAUUGCUGUUGUGCUACGACAAUGAGGGCGUCUAUGUGAACACUGUGGGCCGGGUUUCCAAGAACAUUGUGCUGCAGUGGGGCGAGAUGCCCACAUCGGUGGCCUACAUUGGCACUGGACAAAUCAUGGGCUGGGGCAAUAAAGCAAUAGAGAUACGUUCCGUUGAGAGCGGCCAUUUGGAUGGUGUGUUCAUGCACAAAAAGGCGCAGCGCUUGAAAUUCCUUUGCGAGCGCAAUGACAAAGUAUUCUUCAGCAGUGCCAAAGGUGCUUCAUCGUGUCAAAUCUACUUUAUGACGCUCAACAAACCGGGCAUGGCCAAUUGGUAAUCCAACCGCAAAACCAAUCGACGUUAGAUGAUCGAUGAUCUUGGCAGGCAGCCUUCGAUCGACGCCCCAGCGAUCGAUUUGCUCAACCGGCAACAAAACAGCAAAACCCAUAAACAUUUUCUUCUUAUUUUACCACACAAGCAAAACGAAAAAGAAAGUAUCUAAAGCGAACACAUAAAAGAUAAUUAGCUGAUUUAAGUGAAGAGAGUGCAUAAAGAUUAAGUGAGAUAUCCUAAAAAACAGACACACCACUCAACAACACAACAAACAACCCGAGAUCAUGAACUUGUGCUUAUGAAAUUCACCACGACAACGUUUCAAUUAGUAAAUGUGCUAAGAAAACUCGAUCAACACGAGCCUUUAUAUAUAUAUAUGAAAAAAAAAACAAAUAAUCUACUUAAUAUUUAGAGACGAACAUUUCAAGCUCACUCGUCGAGGUUUUUUGUCAGAGAUCUGGUCAGAAAACGCAAAACAGCCGCAAUUAAAGCAAUUCGUAUCCUCCAUCCUUUCGAUGUUUAUGUAUAUUGACGUUACAUAACACACCACCACCACCACACCACACGAUUCAGAUUCAGAUUCAUUUCAAAUGUCGUUUCACAAUUGUGUUUUGAUUUCGCUACAAGUUAAACUUAAGUUGAAUAAUAAAACCAGCAGCAGCGCAGCAGAAAGCCACAAAAUAUAUAUGUACGAGUAUAUCGAAUUUUCUACACAAAGCAGAAAAUAUAGAAGAAAAUAUAUGCAGUUAGUUUUUGUUCUUGAUAUUAAAUCAAAUAGAAUUUAUUUGUGCGUUUCCAAUGAUGAUGAUGAUGAUUACAUUACAUGUUAGUACAGAGAGAGCCAAGGAAAUUUAUACAUUUUAAUGGGAAUGAAAAUGAUAAUGAAUAUGAAUAUGGAAAUCGAAGCGAAGCAAAGCAAACAAAAACCCACAUAAAACGCCAUUGUAAAAACUAAGUGAUAAACAAGUAAAUAAUUGAUUAAUGUAAAAUAAAGCCGAAAGCAACACAAACAAACCCAAGCAAGCUUGCAACAAUUGAGGAUAUCUAAUGGAAAUAAAUGAAAAAUCACGUUUGCGAGGAGAGCUACCUUAAUAACGAAAUUGGAGGGAAUUACAAAACGAGAACCUAGUUAAGCUGCAUUUUUUACUGAACUUUUAUACAGAGCCAAGAGAAGAAUGACGAUCGAUGAUGAUAACAAAAAAAAAACAAAUACGGAUAAACGAAUCGAGGAGGAAAAUUAAACCAAAAUUCUAUGAAUCGUAGCAUGUUAAAAUUGAUAACCAUUAACGAACCAUCUCCGCUUGUUGUACUGUGUGCAUUUUCUUUGUGUUUUUUACUAGCUUCAAUAUCAAAAGUGGUCACGUUGCAAUAUCUCUAUAUCGAGUGCAUAUAGAACCUUUCCCCAACUGGCACACUGCCUUAUUUUGUGUUGUUUGCGUGAUUUCGUCCCACUCCCAAUCUUCCAAACACCACACACCCUCCACACGAUAAACAAAAGGAAAACGUCUCAUUAAGAAGUAUAUUUAAAAUAUUGUUUGUUUUUGUGUUAUAAAAUGAUUGUACGCCCCCGUAUUUAAUAUUGUUCAUCGAAGCAAAAUGGAAAAGAAAUGAAAAGUGCACUAAAAUGCACAUCUAAAGCAAAACAAAAAAAAAUUAAAAGAAUUAGUAAUAAAUGCUUACUUUAUUUCUAAAAUAAAACAAGUAAAAUGAUACAGAAAUGAAUGUAAAUCUAAUUAUUAUAUAUAUAUAAUCUCAAAAUUAAAAAAAAAAAACAAAAAAAUAA